AUGACGACGCCCACCCUUUUGGGAGCGGUUGGCCACCGUCCUUGCCGUGAUUCCACAGACGAGCAGUGUCUGACUGACCGGUGGCGUCGGCCUGUCCUCAGCAGCGGCGGUGUCAAGAAGGGCAUCUCGUCAGUGUUCAGCAAGCUGGCGGCGGAUCGUGUGGCCCGCAGCCGGGAGGACCGCGACGGCGGCGAGCCGGCCAAGCCCAGGAAGCCGGCCGACACGGCCGACAGCGACUCGUCGGCCGGCUCCGGGAGUGCGGACAGCUUUCUGAACCACCUGCUGUCGCCUCCGGUGGUGCCGCCGGCUGAGGAGGGCGCCGAGCCGGCACUGCGCCGCCCGGCCGGCCUCGCCGGCACCGACCUGCUGGCGGAAAUGCGCGCCAAACAGGAGAAGCGCGCCAGUCUGACGCCCAAACACACGCCCGAGGAGCUGGAGGAGCGCUCGCCGCUCCAGGAGGUGAAGGGUCGCAGCGCCGCCCUGGCCGCCGCGCUCAAGUCGCCGUCGGCCGGCCACCACGGGCCGCCGUCGAUCAGUCCCAAACCCAGCCUGGCCAGUAAGCCUAAGCAGGCGUCCCCCGUGCCGGGCCUGGCCAAGCCGCCGCCGCUAGGGCCGAAGCCGCGGCCCAAGUCCAUGGCCGGCCGCACUGAGACCCGCUGCUCCGGUGGCGGCAACACGUCGGGAGACGAGACGCCGCCGGCGGACGUCGGUCCAAGCUCUGACUCGUGGACCGGACGGCAGAUGGCAGACGGCGCCGCAGCUAACAGCUCGAGCCGCGCUAGCGACUCGCCAACAGAUGGGAGCGGUGCGCCCAGCGCCCAACGCCAACCCAAACGGUUAACGUCGGCAGAACUCGAGAGUCUGCUGGAGAGCUCAGUUGACGGGCCGCCGCCGAGCGAGCCGAGCAUCGCUGACGGCGUGUCGCCGUCGCCCGUGCCAAACCUGAUCCUCGACCAGGCGUACUCGCUGGAUGACGUCAUCAACGUGUGACGCCGCCGGGCCGCGCCGGUCGAGCCCCAGCUCAAAC